CCCAAGAACCCGUAGUGUAAUACGGGCUUUAAGCGUAGCGUGAUACAACUUUUUGGCGUCACCUGUGACCUGAGUUGCUUGAAGUUGCUUAUUAUAUUCGUUACGAUGGUUAUUUGUCCUUUAACCCCCGAAGUUCUUAGUCAGCUGCGUGCAAAAUUUUAUGCCAAUGAUCGUAAUAUAUUGGCACAAAAUGUCUGCACGAAAACGAAUCCCAUUGAGGCCUGCGCCUCAAGGAAAAUCUUGGAGGAGUCCUCUCAUGUCUUCACUCAUAAAAUCGAGACUGAAGGCAAACCCGUGACUAACCAGAAAAAUUCUGGAAGAUGCUGGUUGUUUGCCAUUUUGAAUGUCAUGAGAACUAGUUUCAUGAAGCAAUAUAAUUUAGAUGAGUUCGAGUUUAGCCAGGCUUAUUUGUUCUUUUGGGAUAAGGUAGAGCGUUGCAAUUAUUUUUUGAAUAAUAUCGUGAAUACGGCAAAACGCGGUGAAUCGGUUGAAGGCCGAUUGGUUAAUUUUUUAUUGACCGAUCCGACUUCCGAUGGUGGCCAAUGGGAUAUGAUUGUGAAUCUGAUAACUAGAUACGGUGUCGUCCCGAAAUCAUGUUUCCCAGAAUCCUACAGUUGCGAAGCCAGCGUUCGCAUGAACAGCCUGUUGAAGAGUAAACUGAGAGAGUAUGCCAAAGCUCUGCGGACUAUGAUCGAAAAUGGCGCUUCCGACGAGGAAUUGAAGACGCGGAUAAAUGAGCAGAUGACAGUAAUUUAUCGAAUAAUCGGCAUUUGUUUGGGUAUACCCUCUGAGAAGAUUACAUGGGAGUACUAUGAUAAAUCCAAGAACUACAACGCUGUGGGACCUAUCACGCCAUUGGAAUUUUAUGAGAACUAUGUGAAACCGCAUUACAAUGUAAACGAUAAAGUAUGCUUGGUGACCGAUCCCCGACCAAGUAAUGCUUAUGGGAAACUGUAUACUGUGGAUUGCCUGGGAAAUGUCGUAGGAGGAAAAACUACUCGCUACAAUAAUCAACCAGUGGAAUUGCUGAUGAAGCUGUGCGCUGAGAGUAUCAAGGAUAAUGAGCCUGUUUGGUUUGGCUGCGAUGUUAACAAAAGAUUAAUAGACAAGCAUGGUAUCCACGACGUAAAAACUUAUAACUUUGAGUUGAUGUUUGGUACGGAUAUUCAUCUGGGACUUUCUAAGGCUGAUAGACUGCUCUAUGGGGAUUCCAUGAUGGUACAUGCAAUGGCACUUACAGCUGUUUCAAUAGACCGAGAUGGUAAGAUAAAGAAAUUCCGGAUAGAGAAUUCAUGGGGCGAGGAUCACGGGCAAAAAGGUUUUCAAGUCGUAUCCACUGAAUGGUUCAGUGAAUUUGUCUUUGAGGCGGUCGUAGAUAAAAAAUACGUACCUGCAGACGUGCUUGCUGUAUUUAAUCAGGAACCUAUCGUUUUACCAGCCUGGGAUCCUAUGGGCACACUCGCUCAUUGAUGUUAAAAGUAAAUUUAAUUAAACGCAGUGGCAAGCUGUUUUAUUUUACAGAUGAAAGAUUUGAGGCAUAAUGAAAAAUGAAAUAUUGAAUAAAAAUUCCGGAUGCAGCGAGUGUACAAAAUACAAAUAUUUUAUACCUUAAAAGAGAAUGUAGUAGUAUUGAUAAGUGGCUUUGUCAUAUAUGAAUUUCAAAUUCAUCUCUUCUUUAUUCAGUAUACGAGGGCAAUUUAGUUCAAUUAUCAAGACUGAGAAGGAGAGAGUAGAAUGUAUAAGUUACCAUAUUUAAAAUUAUGAAUUUUUUGUACAUGUGCGUAAAACCAGUUUCAUUUAUAUAUUUGCUAAAGCAUGUUAAUUUGUUCUGGUAUAUAUUAUCAUAUAUUUUAAUAGACAUUUGAUAUAUCAAUCUUCAAAUGUUUAACUAUUGCAAUUAUAGCAAAUGCAAUUUAUAUUAUAAAUAGCCAAAUGAUCAUUUUAAUAUUUCGUUUUUAAUACGAAUAAAUUACAUCAAUAUUUUAUACAACCAAAAAUAAAUAUAUAAACUGCAAACAAUUUCACAUGUUAUAACACAUACCUACAAUUUGAAAAAUUUUCAUUAUUUAAGUAAGUGCAGUAAUAUAUGAUGUAGUAUAGAGGCACUUAUACUUCUGUAUACGUUAAUUUUAAAAUUACAUGCACAUAUUACAACAUAAAGCAAUAGAAAAAAUAUAAAUAUAUAAGCGCGUGUGUGUAUAGAUAUGUCAAAUUUAUAAUAAAGAAAAACUUAUCAAUGA